CUUCCAAUUCGAUCGUUCUACAGUGAACAGCUCCCAAAAACCAAAAAAGUGUUUUCAAAAUAAAAUAGAUUGAACCAGAAAAUAGGAAUCAAAAAGUUUAGGAAACAGUUUAUAGUAAAAAAUAAAUCUAGUUAAAUUUUUAGAUAGUAAAUCUAUUUUUUCAAAAUGUUGCUAGGCAAGCUAUUGUGGAUUACUGGAAUCUUGGCCAUUCUCUACGGAGCCGGCACUCAGGCUCAUCCAGUUUUCUCCGCUGAGAAGCACGGCUCCCGUAUUGCCAUUUCGCUGAUCGAGGCCAAAAAGCCAAUAGGACAUAUCGAGGAAGGAUUCUGUGUUCAGCCGAAAGCAGAACACUAUAAGAAAAUCAAGGUUAACGAUUUAUUGAACUGUGCCACAGAGAAGAAAUCUUGGACCAUGUCUCACCUCAAGGGACUCAAGGCCAUCGAGGGCAUGAUCUUGCGAAAGGAUUUGCCAGCUCUGAUGAGCCUGAAGCGUUCAAUUCAGCGUCGUAUUCCACGCAAGACCUACCACAAGUACCACAGGAACUAAGGAUUUAAAGUGUUCGGCAAAAGUGGCGGCUGUUAAAGGAACACAAGGACACACGACAGCAAAUAGAGACAUCCAUAAAUCCAUCCCUCGCACCUGAUUCUGAUCCUGGCAAUCCUUCUUAUAUAUUUCUCUAUGUUAAAUGUGUUCAAUGAAAAAGAGAAACAAAAAGACACGCAACUAUUAUAUUAGUUACAUUAUAUUUGUUAAUAAACUUACAAAAAAACACCACCAAA